CCUCUCGCGAUACGUGGCUGAGGGGGCGGGAUUGCCGCAGUGCCCGGCGUGCUCGCCUCUGGCAGAAGAGUGGGGAUGUCCGCGCGGGAGGCAGGUUGCGCUGCCUGAGGUGCUUCCCAGCGCCAACCCCGCCGCCCUCCUUCGCAGCCAUGGCCGGCUGCUUAGGCUGCGAGCCCCCGCGCUGAGCAAGUGCUGCCGCCGCCGCCCAUCAUGAGGAAGGGCCGCUCCCGGGGGGACAAAGCGGGGCCCUCGGCUCUUCAGGUCCCCAGGAGGAUGGAGCAGCCUGUCCGGGGCCCCGUAGACGCGGCGGGUCCUAGGAAGGAGGCGGAAGAAGCGGGUCGGGCUGGCACAGCCUGCAGGGAACCGCCCGAGAAGAAUCUUGCAGCGGAACCAAUUUCUUUGCGCUGCAGGAAGCUUAGUAACCCUGAUAUAGCUGGUUCAGCUGGCAAAAGUAAGAUCCAUCGUCAACUGAGUCAAGAUGACUGCAAGCUUCGGAGAGGUAGUUUGGCCAGCUCAUUGUCAGGAAAGCAGUUGCUUCCUUUAUCCACUAGUAUGCAUAGCGGAGUGGGCCAGGCAGCAUGGCAGCCAUCUGGAGAAUCAUCCAAUUUGGUCCGCAUGAGGAACCAGUCAUUGGGACAGUCUGCUCCUUCACUUACAGCUGGAUUGAAGGAACUUAGUCUCCCUAGAAGAGGAAGUUUUUGUAGGACCAGUAAUAGAAAGAGCUUGAUCGUAACCUCCAGCACAUCUCCAACACUUCCUCGACCACAUUCUCCACUCCAUGGCCAUGCAGGUGGAAGUCCGUUGGACAGUCCCAGAAAUUUCUCCCCAAAUGCACCCUCUCACUUUUCCUUCGUUCCUGCCCGUAGCCAUGGACACAGGGCAGACAGGACAGAUGGGCGUCGUUGGUCCCUGGCCUCCCUCCCCUCAUCUGGAUAUGGAACAAACACUCCCAGUUCAACAGUUUCAUCAUCAUGUUCAUCUCAGGAGAAGCUGCACCAACUGCCUUAUCAGCCAACACCAGAUGAACUCCAUUUCUUGACAAAGCACUUCAGCACAGAGAGCAUCACUGAUGAGGAAGGGCGGCAUUCUCCAGCAAUGCGCCCCCGAUCUCGCAGCCUCAGUCCUGGCCGUUCUCCAGUGUCCUUUGAUAGUGAAAUAGUAAUGAUGAACCAUGUAUACAAAGAAAGAUUUCCAAAGGCCACAGCCCAGAUGGAGGAACGGCUGGCCGAGUUUAUUGCAUCCAGUGCACCAGAGAACGUGCUACAGCUAGCAGAUGGGGUCCUAAGUUUCAUUCACCAUCAAGUUAUUGAAUUGGCCAGAGACUGCUUGGAUAAAUCACGUGAAGGACUUAUUACUUCUCGGUACUUUUAUGAGUUGCAGGAAAACCUUGAGAAGCUCCUGCAAGAUGCUCACGAGCGAUCAGAGAGCUCAGAAGUGGCAUUUGUUACCCAGUUGGUGAAGAAGUUGAUGAUAAUCAUUGCACGGCCAGCACGAUUGCUAGAAUGUCUGGAGUUUGAUCCUGAAGAGUUCUACCAUCUGCUAGAAGCUGCUGAAGGCCAUGCCAAGGAAGGAGAAGGAAUUAAAUGUGACAUCCCUCGUUAUAUUAUUUGCCAGCUGGGACUUACCAGGGAUCCCCUGGAGGAAAUGGCCCAGCUGAACAGCUUUGAUAGUCCAGACACUCCAGAGACAGAUGAUUCUACUGAGGGAAAGAGUCGGGGAGCCACUGUGCAAGCCAAGAAAACUCCAUCUGAAGAGGAAUUUGAAACAAUUAAGCUAAUCAGCAAUGGUGCAUAUGGUGCAGUGUUCUUGGUGCGCCACAGAACUACCCGUCAGCGCUUUGCAAUGAAGAAGAUCAAUAAGCAGAAUCUCAUUUUGAGGAACCAAAUUCAACAAGCUUUUGUGGAAAGAGACAUACUAACAUUUGCAGAGAAUCCCUUUGUUGUGAGCAUGUUCUGCUCUUUCGAAACCAAGAGGCAUCUAUGCAUGGUUAUGGAGUAUGUGGAAGGAGGUGAUUGUGCAACUCUCUUGAAGAAUAUUGGAGCUUUACCUGUUGAUAUGGCAAGAAUGUAUUUUGCAGAAACUGUUCUGGCACUGGAAUAUCUCCACAAUUAUGGCAUCGUCCACCGUGACCUAAAACCUGACAAUCUUCUCAUAACAUCGAUGGGUCACAUCAAGCUGACAGACUUUGGCCUCUCUAAAAUUGGCUUAAUGAGCUUGACAACCAACCUAUAUGAAGGACACAUUGAGAAAGAUGCCAGAGAAUUCUUGGAUAAGCAGGUGUGUGGGACUCCAGAAUACAUUGCUCCAGAAGUGAUCUUGCGGCAGGGUUAUGGAAAGCCUGUGGAUUGGUGGGCCAUGGGAGUAAUCUUGUAUGAGUUUCUAGUUGGCUGCGUUCCUUUUUUUGGCGACACACCGGAAGAAUUAUUUGGACAAGUUAUCCACGAUGAAAUUGCCUGGCCAGAAGGAGAUGAUGCUUUACCACUAGAUGCGCAGGACCUCAUCGGUAAACUUCUCCGACAAAAUCCUAUGGAAAGGCUGGGAACAGGGAGUGCUUUUGAGGUGAAGCAACACAGAUUCUUCAAGGAUUUGGACUGGAAUGGAUUGCUCCGACAAAAGGCAGAAUUUAUUCCACAGUUAGAAUCGGAAGAUGACACAAGCUACUUUGACACUCGCACCGAGCGAUAUCAGCAUUUAGAUUCUGAGGAAGAGGAUGACACGAAUGACGAUGAUCAUGUGGAACUUAGGCAGUUUUCCUCAUGUUCACCAAGGUUUAGCAAGGUGUACAGCAGUAUGGAACGCCUUUCCAUCCAUGAAGAGAGGAAAACGCCGCCACCUACCAAGCGUAGCCUGAGUGAGGAAAAAGAUGACAGACUAGAAAGCCUUGGCCUGAAGUGUCGAGACCGCAGCUGGGUGAUUGGGUCUCCUGAAAUACUGCGUAAACAUCUCUCAGUGUCUGAAUCCUCUCACACAGAGAGUGACUCCAGUCCACCUCUGACUGUCCGCCGGCGAUGCUCUGGGCUUCUAGACAUGCCCCGCUUUGCCAUUUCAGCUGAGGAAGAAGGUAAAAAGAAACAGCUGGAUGGGACGCAGCCAAGGGAAAGCCACCCUCUUCCAAUUCCAGAACAACCUGUGGAGCGAGAACUACAACUGGAUGAUGAGGAUGGGUUAAAAACACCCUCUUCAACUGUCAGUAAUUUGAGCAGCUCAACACUGACAGCUGGAAGCACUACAGACUUCUCUGAUCAGCGCACUCGCAGUAAUAGCAACGAGGGCCCAGAGUUUACUACUCCUAAAGCCACAAGUGACUUGGCAGUGCGGCGAGCCCGACAUAGGCUACUCUCUGGGGAGUCUGGGGAAAAACGGACCACACGUCCUGUUAAUAAAGUGAUUAAGUCAGCAUCGGCCACAGCCCUCUCUCUCCUAAUUCCUUCAGAGCACCAUACGUGUUCUCCAUUGGCCAGUCCAAUGUCACCUCAUUCUCUCUCCUCCAAUCCAUCUUCAAGAGACUCAUCUCCAAGUCGGGACUUUUCUCCAGCUGUCAUGAAUCCCAAACCACCAAUCAUCAUCCACCGAGCUGGGAAGAAAUACGGCUUCACACUUCGUGCUAUUAGAGUCUACAUGGGGAACAGUGAUGUCUACACAGUGCAACACAUGGUCUGGCAUGUAGAAGAAGGUGGCCCUGCAAGUGAGGCUGGUCUGAGAGAAGGGGACUUGAUAACCCAUGUGAAUGGAGAGCCUGUACAUGGACUGGUUCAUACUGAAGUGGUGGAGUUGGUCUUGAAGAGUGGAAAUAAAGUGUCCAUAUCUACUACACCUUUUGAGAACACAUCAAUUAAAGUGGGGCCAGCUCGGAAGGCCAGCUAUAAAUCAAAGAUGGCAAGGAGGAACAAGAAAAGCAAAACAAAAGAUGGACAGGAAAGUAAGAAGAAGAGCUCUCUGUUCAGGAAGAUUACCAAGCAGGCUUCUCUGCUUCACACCAGCAGGAGUUUGUCUUCUCUCAACCGUUCUCUGUCAUCUGGAGAGAGUGUUCCUGGUUCACCUACUCACAACCUCUCCCCUCGUUCACCAACACAGAGUUACCGAUCUACUCCUGAGUCUGCACAUUCAGUUGGUGGAAACUCUUCUCAGAGCAGUUCACCUAGUUCGAGUGUUCCCAACUCCCCUGCUAGUUCGGGACAUAUCCGACCCAGCUCUUUGCAUGGACUAGCACCAAAGCUUCAACGGCAAUAUCGAUCUCCACGACGUAAAUCUGCAGGGAACAUUCCUCUCUCGCCACUAGCUCACACUCCCUCGCCAACCCCACAGUCUACGUCACCUCAGCGUUCCCCUUCUCCUUUGCCAGGGCAUUCAGUUGGCAGUUCAGGCAUCAUGCAAUCAUUUCCUGUCAAGUUGCACUCCUCCCCACCUCUUGUCCGACAGAUUUCAAGGCCCAAGAGUGCUGAGCCGCCAAGAUCCCCUUUGCUGAAGAGAGUCCAGUCAGCUGAAAAACUUACCUCCUCUCUCUCUUCAGAAAAAAAGAUGUCAUCUUCGCGCAAGCAUAGCUUGGACAUCUCCCAUUCAGAAUUCAAAAAGGAGAUGCUCCAGAGAGAUCCUGGCCUCCAAAGUUGGCAGGAAUCCAUGAGUGAAACAACUGGAGGCAAAGUUGGACUUGCAGAAAAAGGGACCCUGCAGAAACCUUCUUCCAGAAAACUGGGACCUAUUCGGCACGAUAGGGUGGAGCGAAGGGAGUCUCUACAGAAGCAGGAGGCCAUCACAGAAGUAGAUUCUUCUGAAGAUGAAACUGACGAAGGAUCAGAAGAUAGUCAAGAUGGGAAGAAAAAGGACAGGCCAGCCUUCAGUAGAGACCACCAAGUUUCUGAUCCUUUCUCUGAGGAUAUGAAGCGUUCUUCCAAGUUGGAAAGCAAAGACAGUAUGGAGGAUGAUGCGUUUCUUCCUGAGGAACCAAAAACUGUCAGUUUGCAGAAAGGGGCAGAUCAACACCAACCAAAGGAUGUUGCAAGGACACCACUGGCCGGUAUAGAUGAGUCACAAUCUGAAGUUUGUGCGAGAACUUCUCCUAUUGAAAAAUUUGGUGACUGUGAAGCAGUUAAGCUAACAGAUUCUGAAACCCCAUUAGAGUCAGGACAAGGCAAUACUCUCAAACUUGCUAAUCAGAAAUGUGCCUGUUUCGAAGAUGCUGAGGACCCUAAACAAACUCUGAUUAUCCAGGAAAGCAUAGACUGCCCAGAGCAGGUGAAGUGCCUACCAGUGAGAUAUCUGCAGCUCGGUCAAGGUGACUGUUCAGGGCUGGCAAGUGGCAAAGAUAACCUGAAGGAAUUUGCUUCUACAGAAACUACUUAUAUGUUGUCUCAUGAUAUUAUGCCUUUGUUAGCACUUUCUUCUUCUACUUGCACAACUAGCACAAGCUCUCUUCCACUAAUAAGCCAAAUGGACUGCAAAGAUGCACCUCAGAAACAGGAAGCCCAGUCUGUCAAGGAAAGCACCAGUAUUCCGAACCUGACAAGCAGUGGCAAAACAUCUUCACAAAGGUCUCCUGAUGCCGAAGAAUCACAAGGUUUGUCAUCUGCAGCAUUAGUUUCAAAACACAAAAGUCAUACAAGUGAUACAAACUUAAGUUGUACUAUAGGAAGACCAAGUCUCACACUUGAUGCAGCAGCUGAAAAUGGAAAAUCAGUUUGCCCAGCUCCUUUAGCAAUAGGUGCAAAAGGCAUGUCGGGCCCAGGAAAUAUUAACGUAUCUGGCUCAAGAGAACUAGAAAGAACAAGAGAAGAGUUCCCCCCAAAGGAACUGUUUCAUAUGAAAGAGAGUAUGCCAAAGGAAGAAAUGCAGGAAACACUAAAGGAAGGCCCAGGCCCAGUAACAGCCAAACCUUUCAGCAUAGGUAGUCUCAUUAAAAUAUGUGGUUCCCAUAUUGGGUCCGAAAGCCUAGCAGAGUCUUUGGAGCCAGAGUGUUCAGUGGGAGCAAAAGAGAAGCCAGGGACUGGUAAUUCUAAGGUACCUGAAAUUUUGGAGGACAGGUGGCAGUUGCCUCCACCUGAAAAACAAGCAGAUGGCACAGCAAGGCAGAGCACAGGGGUUUCAUCUGGACCAGAUUCUAGCCAGAAUUCCAAAAAGGAAACUGCUCUGAUGCCAGGAGAAAUCGGAGAGGCUGGAGGUCAAUCACAAACAAGAGAUUUCCUGUUGUCAGAUGGUGACGUCGUGAAGAAAACAUAGCAACAUAUCUACAUUCAGAAGCAAAGACAACAUUAGUAGAACACAAAUAUAAAACACAAAACUUGUGCAACUUUUUUUUGUUGAUUUGUGUUUUCACACUCUUGCCUUUUUCAUUCUUGCAAUUCUAUUUUUGUACUCAGCGUUUGAUGCCUCUUAGCAGGAUAUCUUUAAAGCAAGAUUUAAAAAAUGAUUUCCAAACUCCCCCCCCCCCCAACAUUUUUGGCCCUAAAUUUGAAGCAUUCUGUUAAAUAUCUAUUUUCUUUCAAAAUUCCAGGGAAUUACAUUUGCCAAAUUAGACCGCUCACUUGGAAAUGGCACAUUUUGAGCACAAAUUCCAAAUUUCAGUCCUUGUUUCCAAAAUUUUAGGUCACGUAUUUUAAGUUGGCAAGGAUUAAAAUAAACACUUUUGAUGGCAGACUGUUCUGAAUCAUUAUGCCACCUCACAUAUUUUCUUACAUAUCAUAGACGUCCAAUUUAUGUAUAUCUGUGAGGAAACCUUGUGUCAGCUUGUGCAAUGGGGCAAUACCCUCCUUUUAAAAAGAACCUUAAGCAAAACGUCAAAAUAAAAUAUUUAGUUUAUCUUUGA